AUGGGACAACGACUGGCUCCAAGCCUUGCCAUUGCAUUUAUGUCUAAGGUGGAAGCACCGGUGACUGAUCUCGGGCCGCUACUCUACUGUAGAUGCCGGUGGUUCUGGGACGGGGCUUGGCCAUCGCGCGGCGCUGACGAUGCUGUCGUCGUUCCAGUUGCGCCAGCCGAAAGAGCAGCGUGCGAGGCAGCGGUAGUUGAGUACAAGAAGCGCCAGAAGUCGAAUGCACCUGAAUUUAAAUGA